AUGCCGCAUCCUACGCAGACGUCUCCCCCGCACAAGGCGGCGAGUCCACAAACUAAGGGACUGAAGAGAUCCGCCUCAGCAGAAAGCGAACACAAACCCGAGAAGAAAACGAAGAAGGCUGCCACGCUUCCAGAAACCAGCCGCAUGCAUCGUGGCGAACAGGAAUGGAUAAAGAACGGCUGCGUAGAUGAGCGUCGAGUUCGUCUGGUGACAGAGGGAAUCCGAGAACCCAAGGCCGACGGAAAGGUCGUGAUAUGCUAUCUCCAACGUGAUCUUCGUGUUCAAGAAAACUGGGCGCUUCUCUUGGCACAGGAAGCGGCUCGAGCACUGAAUAAGCCCCUCGUAGUGAUUCACCUUCUCGUUCCCGGCCUAGCAUUCCAACCGACGCGGCGCCAUCUGUCCUUUUUUAUUGGGGGAGCCCGAGAGGUUGAAGCCGAGUUGAAGUCCUUGAACAUCGGAUUUGAAUUGCCCAUAGUUGCCAAGAAAGACCCCAAAGGCAGACUCGAUGAGGCUAAUAAGAAAAUCGAAGAGGUGUUUGCUGCACUGCAGCCAGCCUUGGCUGUUUGUGACUUCAACCCCCUCAGACUGCCGACACAGAUCGUCGAAGCCCUAGCGAGAGUGUAUGGGAAAGGCCUCUCGCCACUUUACCAGGUGGACACACAUGCAGUGGUUCCCUGCUGGGUUGCUUCGAACAAGGCAGAGACAUCAGCCCGCACAAUGCGACCAAAACUCCAGGCGAUGCUGAAGGAAUUUGCAGUGCCUUUCCCCAAGGUUGAACCGCAUCCGGUUCCGUGGACAUCCAAGCAAUUGUUUCCCUUGGAUGAGGACAGAGUCCUCUCAGCAGUGAAGCCAGAUCCCCCAGAGCCUCUGGACUCCUGGAAACCAGGAACGAAGGCUGCGCUCAGGUUGCUUCAGUCUUUCGCAACUCCUCAGAAUAUUGCGAAAUACGGCAAAGCACGGAACGAUCCGUUGGCCGACUGUCAAAGUGAUUUAUCCCCGUAUAUUCACUUCGGACACAUUGCUGUGCAACGCUGUUUGAUGGAAGUUUCGAAGCUGAAGGAUACGACAGGCGAUAGGGCGGUACAUGAAGGCGUCAGGGCCUUCAUUGAUGAAGUUGUUGUGAGAAGUCAGCUCUCAGACAACUUUGUUUUCUUUAAUCCGCACUAUGACGACAUCAAAGGUGCACCGGACUGGGCAAAACAGACGUUGGAGAAGCACGCGAAAGACAAACGUGAACCUCAAUAUGAGUUUACGGCGCUUGAAGAAGGGAAGACUUACGACUCACUGUGGAAUGCUGCGCAACUGCAACUCGUACGUGACGGCAAAAUGCAUGGAUACCUGAGAAUGUACUGGGCAAAAAAGCUGCUGGAAUGGACGAAAUCGCCUCAAGAAGCAUUGAAAACAGCCAUCGCUUUGAAUGACAAGUAUCACUUGGACGGCACAGACCCCAACGGUGUGACAGGUUGCAUGUGGAGUAUCGGCGGCGUCCACGAUCAGGGUUUUAAGGAGCGACCGGUCUUCGGCAAAAUUAGAUACAUGAAUUACCCGGGUUGCGAGCGCAAAUUCGACGUUAAAGCAUUUGUUCGCAAGUUCCCGGGCGCAGCAGAGAAUGCAGUUAACGCAGCGAAGCAGGGACUGAUUCCUUUCAGCGGUAAAAUGAAGAAGGAACUCCAGGAAAUACCAAAGGGACGGGACUCAGAACAAGCAACGGCUACCAUGAUGAAGAAGAUAGAGCAGCAUAAGGCGCAAAAUACAAACGCAGGUCCAUCAUCGAGCAAGGAGACGAAGACGGACGAGCCAAAGAAACGCCAGAGAAAAGGAAGCGUGGAUGAGCGGGCCCCCGCAAAAUCUGGUGCUGCCAAGGAAGAAGCGGAAGUUGAAGCUGAGGAAGAGGCCGGUAGCGACGAAUAA